GAAAAGUUUCUUUCUUUUUUUGUUCUCUCUGCAUCUGAAUCUCCGUCCUCCUUCGUCCCGCUCUUUAAACUUCUCUAGGGCUCCCAUUCUCCCAAUUUCCCGAUCCCGAGGCACUCCAAUGGCCGUCCGAUGCCUCCAUCUUCUCCUCCAUCUACCCGCCGGCCUCCUCUAGGGUUAGGGUUUCGGUUAAGGACUAGGGUUAGGGUUUGGGUUCACCCGAUCCUCCCGGAAUCCCUCUGAUUUCUUGCGCCAUGGCGGAUUCCGUCGACGUUGUUCUCGAUUUCCUGAAGAGGAACCGCUUCACACGCGCGGAAGCGGCGUUGCGUGGGGAGUUGAGUGGCCGGCCGGAGCUGAACUUGAAUGGUUCCGGGGAUCGGGCACUCCCGGAGGCAGCCGCUGAGGGGAGGAACCAGAGUGGUGAGAUCUCGAAGGAGUUUAUUGUGAAGGAGAUCGAGGUUGGGAAGAUCGGGAAUGGUGGGAAGAGCGGAACCGGAGAGAGCUCGAAUGCUGCUGCGGUUGCUGAUCUCUACCCUAGUUUCUCGGAGCUGAUGAUCUCUGAGCAGCCGAAGGAGAUGCGGCGUGGGAUGAACCAGAAAAGCGAGUUUAAGGAGAGUUUGUUGGAUAAUCUCUGGGCGAAGGAGGAUGAUGGCCUCAAGUACUGCCCUGUCAAGACCGUGUUUCCUUUCUCCGUUGGGAAUGCCUCGUCGUUGAGUGGGUUUGAUGAGAUGGAGGAGAGGAAAAAGAGGGCUGCGGGGAGCGAUGUGAGGGAGGUCUCCAAGGAGUGCUCGGUGGAUGGGAGAUCGCGGGGGAGCUCGGAGCGCAAGAGUGUUGUUGGGGGUUUUGAAAUGUCAAAUCACAGGGAGGAGUUCCCAAGAUUGCCGCCGGUGAGGCUCAAGUCUGAGGAAAAAUUGGUGAAUUUAGGGUGGGAGGAAAAGGCUGAACACCAUGGGUCAGGGAGCAAGAUGUCAAAUGCUGAUAGUGCGUUUAUGAUUGGGUCUUUCCUUGAUGUUCCUGUCGGUCAGGAGAUCAACUUCUCCGGUGGAAAGAGAACUGGUGGAAGCAGCUGGUUAUCUGUUAGUCAAGGAAUUGCCGAAGACACUUCUGAUUUGGUAUCUGGCUUUGCAACUGUUGGUGAUGAUUCGGUUGACUAUCCAAAUGAGUAUUGGGAUUCUGAUGAAUAUGAUGAUGAUGAUGAUGUUGGAUACACGAGGCAACCUAUUGAAGAGGAGACCUGGUUCCUGGCUCAUGAAAUUGAUUACCCAAGUGAUAAUGAAAAAGGAACAGGCCAUGGUAGUGUUCCUGAUCUUCAGGAGCGGGUACCAAGAAAGGAUGAAGAUGAUGACCAAUCUUUUGCUGAAGAGGACUCUUACUUCUCUGGUGAGCAAUAUCUUCAGGCAAAAACUAUUGAACAAGUUGCUGCUUCAGAUGGGCCUUUGGGAUUCACAAUGUCAGAGAUGUAUAGGAGAAGAGAUGAAAAUGAUUUAAUAGCUCACUAUGAUGGGCAGUUAAUGGAUGUUGAAGAACUAAAUUUGAUGCGUGCAGAGCCUGUUUGGCAGGGGUUUGUUACCCAAAGCAAUGAAUUUGUUAUGCUUGGUAAUGGGAAAGCUAAAAUGACAAUAUACCGCGGCCGUGAUGAUCUUUGCAUGGAUGAUGAUCAGCAUUGUUCAGUCAGGUCUAUUGGUGUAGGCAUAAAUAGUGAUGCUGCUGACAUUGGCAGUGAAAUGCGUGAAAGUUUGGUUGGUGAAAGCAGUGAAGGGGAUGUAGAGUACUUUCAUGAUCGUGAUACUGGCAUUAGCGGCAUUAGACAUUCUCAGAAUGAAAAAAACAAGAGCUCUACCAAUAAAUUAAAGAGGGAUAAACUGAAAGCUGAUAAGCAGGAUACUGAUAAGUAUAUUUUGGAUCCUGAAAAGGGUCCUUCUCGCUCAGGAAUGAGUUCUGAUGUUGGGUUUUCAUUUCCUCCUCCACUAAGAUCUGUAGACAUGUUGGAGGCUGAUUCUAGUAAAUCUUUGUGGUCAAGCAAGGCAAAUGUUGCUGUUGGUACUGAUUUGAAUGACUACAGUAAUGGCAUUCAACCUGAUGACAUGCUUGCUACGUGGAGGAGAAAAAGCAAUGAGUCUUCCCCUCGCAAAAGUUUUGGUGAUGAUGAAACUGCUGAUGUUGUAAGAUCAAGAAAUUCAAUUUCAUCGUCAGUCUCAAAUGUUGAUUAUGCUGGAAGGGAGAAUAUCAAGAGAAACCAUCAUUAUAAAGAAAAUGAUGUUAGGGAAGAAGAGCAUUGUACAACCCUGGAAGAUGAAGAAGCGGCUGCACUGCAGGAGCAAGUGAGACAGAUAAAAUCCCAGGAGGAUGAAUUUGAAAUCUUCAACCUUAAGAUUGUACACAGGAAAAACAGAACUGGCUUUGAGGAGGAUAAGAACUUCCAUGUUGUUUUAAAUUCAGUAAUCGCAGGGCGCUAUCAUGUUACUGAGUACCUAGGAUCAGCAGCAUUCAGCAAAGCCAUUCAGGCACAUGACCUGCAUACUGGAAUGGAUGUUUGUGUGAAAAUUAUUAAAAACAACAAAGAUUUUUUUGAUCAGAGCCUUGAUGAAAUCAAGCUUCUGAAAUAUGUGAACAAGCAUGACCCUGCUGACAAGUACCAUAUUUUGCGCUUGUAUGAUUAUUUUUACUAUCGGGAGCACUUACUAAUAGUUUGUGAGCUGCUCAAGGCUAACUUAUAUGAAUUUCACAAGUUCAAUAGAGAAUCUGGAGGGGAGGUUUAUUUUACCAUGCCGAGGUUGCAGUCAAUUACGAUUCAGUGCCUGGAAGCACUUCAAUUUCUGCAUGGUCUUGGUCUUAUUCAUUGUGAUCUAAAGCCGGAGAAUAUUUUGGUGAAGAGCUACAGCAGGUGUGAAGUAAAAGUUAUUGACCUUGGUAGCAGUUGCUUUGAAACAGAUCAUCUAUGCUCUUAUGUGCAAUCACGGUCCUAUCGUGCACCUGAGGUCAUAUUGGGCCUUCCAUAUGAUAAAAAGAUUGAUAUAUGGUCACUUGGAUGCAUCUUAGCAGAGCUCUGCACUGGAAAUGUGCUCUUCCAAAAUGACUCUCCUGCAACAUUGCUAGCACGGGUCAUUGGAAUCAUUGGACCCAUUGAACAAGCAAUGCUUGCGAAAGGACGUGAUACAUACAAAUAUUUCUCCAAAAAUCAUAUGUUAUAUGAGAGAAAUCAGGAAACCAACAGGCUAGAAUAUCUUAUCCCAAAGAAGACAUCACUACGGCACCGUCUUCCAAUGGGUGAUCAAGGCUUCAUUGAUUUUGUUGCGCAUCUUCUCGAAGUGAAUCCAAAGAAGCGCCCAUCAGCAUUUGAAGCACUGAAACACCCAUGGCUUUCUUAUCCUUAUGAACCAAUAUCAUCUUGAGAGAUUGAAACAUCCAAGAUGGGGGCAGCAAAUUAAGUUGAUCUGAUGAUACCCAUCUAUUAUUGGAGCAAAUUAAAAGUGCUAGCCUGUACAUCUCAGCUAUGUCGUGGAUGCUCGUACCUCGACAAGCCUUGAGCCUCCAAACAUGCAGUUUGCAUGCUUAGAAUGGUGUCCUGGUAUGAUCUGGUCGUGCCGAACUGUGUUGUAUUCUAGUGGGAUAUCUAUUUGUUGUAAGCCAGAAUGUAUUGGGCUUGUACUGAGCUAUGCCUGCCUUCCUGAAGAAGGGUAUGCCUUGUAUUGUAUAUGAUGUUGAUAUCUCCGAGGCUCUAAGCUUGUCGUUGAUGCUCUCUGCUGGCCCAACUCCGGCUUAUGUUCCUCGUCUUUUUUGUCAGUCUAACUGCUAGUUCUUUAUUGGCUUGCAAAAUUAGCAGAAAAUGUGGUUCUUUUAAUCUAUUCUUUAGUUCUUCUCA